AUGCUUGCGCAAUCGUCACUUUUCCGCAAGCUCGGCAAGGUAGUUAUGCCGGUGUUUCUGCGAAAAAAACAUGACUACUUUCCACGUACGCUGAAACUAUACAAUGGCAAGAAGGUGAGGAACAUAAAUCAGUACUCUUAAUCUCAGAAACUCCUGAACUUGCAAGACGUUGAGAAUAGAUUUCAGCUACACUUUUUUUGGAUCUUUCAUUUCAAAAUGUUAUACCUUUUAUACUACUACAUGAGAAGUUUCAGCAAUUUGAUUGGCUUAAAGCAGUGGUAUUUCAGCUUAAUUUGAAAUACCUACAUGUGAAAAUUACAAACCUUUUGUGGGUAGUAGUAAAAACAAAUAAUAGCAUGAUUUGAACGUGAUAUUUGGCAUAAAUACCACUCGUAAUAUUUUAAAAUUACCUCAAAUUUCACUCGCCUUAUGGCUCGUGAAAUUUCGUAUAACAAUUUUGAAAUAUCACUCGUGGUAUUUAUGCCAAAUAUCACUACAAAUCAUGCUGUUACCUAUACAAAUUAACACCGAGAAUGUUCAAUAGCGUUGCCACAACGGGUCAUAACAACAAAGUUUGGACACAAGGGAAACCUGUAACCAAAUUGCAUCCUCGUCCCUAGGGUCUUCUCAGUUUCCAAUACGGCGAAACUCCUGGAGAUGAAUGUUUAUGACGAAAAUAGAAAAGAUCAGCCUUGCAUUUAGUUUUUAAACUAAAGAUCAGACCCUUACAAUUACAAUAUAUUUAUGCCCUUCAUUCAAUAUGUUGAUUUUCAACAAAGAUAACGAUAUAUUACAGUCGACAUAGCACCACCUUAUAGUUUGUCAAGGGAAUUUUGGGAUGAAGACACAACCCCACUGUUUGUACAUCUGUACGUUACCAAUCUACAUUUUAUUCUUCAACUUAGUUGUUGUUUGUGUUGUUUUCCUCAGUGUAAGCAACUAUUUUCAUACAAUGAAAUGGAUCGGCGACUGAACAGAAUCCGCAGUCACAUGGAACAGGAAGGCAUUGACGCAUGCGUGUUUACAUCGUACUACAACGUGUACUAUUUUAGCGAUUUCCUUUAUUGUUCGAUGGGAAGGCAAUACUGUUUAAUCGUUACUGACGAAACGACCAUCACCAUUACUCCAUGUAAGUACGUAAUGAGGGAUGAUUAGAAGAGANCCCCCCCCCCCCCCUGAGAUGACCUGCGGUUUUCUUAUACAACUGGUAUUCUGCAAAAAAAUACAAAAAAACUGUGGUUUAUUGGUGUGGAAGUAGAGCAAGAGUCGAGUGCACCCCCUCCUAAAAAAAAUCCUGGAUCCGCCCCUGCGUCCACCCAUCAGUUAGUCACUCUGGAAAGCUUACUAAUAAGAUCAAAUAAGUCGGUGUGUUGGAUAUUCAGAAAAUAUAAAGUAAGGCACAGUAUGACCUGAGAAGUAUGCAGAUCAAGGAGGGAUUUAUCAGACAGUUGAGCUAACACAACCUCGUCCCCAAGGUAUCGGUUUUGGUUGCCGUCCCUUUCUUUGGUGAUAGCAUGUACUAUUGACGUCACUUUACCAGAUAUUGCAAACGUUGUUAUGAAGAAUUAGUCGGGGGAUUUAAGCUAAUCAGAAACGAAGAAAUAGUUUGAAUUAAUAAUAAAAAGUAAAAUUAAUAAUUAAUGAUUGGCUGGUCUUUCGUGCUUUAUAGCCGUCGACUAUGGAUAUCCAUGGCGACGAACAAGCGGGGAUAACAUCAGCUAUACUAACUGGCAAGAAGAUAAUUUCUACCACGCAGUUCAACAACAGGUAAAUAGGGAUAAAAUACAGAGAAAUAAGGGGUCAUGCAGAAAGGAAUAGUAAGUCUUGUUUAGGAGUUUUGGGAAUAGUAAACCUUCCAGUUUCGAUUUCUAAGUAAGGGAGCUAUGAUUUCCUAUCCUAAAUUUGGAGGCUAUACGUUUAUGUUCAAGAUUCCUGAUAUGAUUAACGAAUUCACAGUACUUUGUUUCAUUUUUAGAGAUGGAGUAGAAUUUUAGUUUUUUUAUGAGUGAGGCUGCGUGGAGGUGACAUGACCUUAAAUUAGUAAAUCCUCCCAGCUACUUUUAUGGAAAUUAUACUGAAAAAAUACUAGUUACUAUAAAAACAUAAUUUACACCCGAAAGCAGAAAGGGAGUACGUUGUAUCAAAAUAAUAACCUAGCUGUACACAGAACUCAAUACAGGGCUGGCACUACGGCAAAGGGCUGAUUUAUUAUAGGCCAGAUCGGCUAACAAAAUUAGCCUUCCUCAGGGCCAGAGCUAUACCAAGAGAACGUAUCUUUUAACGGCUCCUCAAAUUUGAAUUGAAAAUUCGCAUAAGUGGUUAACAAUUAACUACAAGUAUAAAUACUAGAUAGAAUAAAAUACAGGUAAAUGAUUAUACAAUAAAAAUAGAAAUAGAAACAGUUCAAUGUUCAUUCCUUCGGUUCAGACGGUCUGGUGACACGGUUUUGCCUCCAUGUAAGAGGUUCGCUUUUUUAGCUUGUCUCUGUACACAGACCCCCAUUUCCUCUCUAGAGAUCGUCGAGCGUGCGUAAAAAAAAUGAAAAUCGCGGGGGAUUUAUUCAAUGCUUUUAGGAAAAAAAAGGGAAAGACAGAGAGAAAAACGUCUGUAGACAGGCUAUCAAAACAACGUCUCUCCCAGAUUUUCUACCACCGACAACAGUGAACUAGGUUUUUAAAAAGGAACUUUUUUUUUGCUAAUAUAUAUUUUUUUAUCAUUUCCUAAACAUUUGGGUCGAGUGGGCGAUCGGAAAUAGACUGCGACCAGUCUCUUAUUUUCUUUAAAGUCGCUGGGUUAGGACGCGCGAGCCGCGAGCCGCGAGAAACGAGGGCGUAAGCCCGAGAGGGAAGUCCCUUUUUGGCUUGAAGCUUUUUCAGUGCCAAACGCACCCUGUCUGAGAACUCGACGGAUCUUAAAAAGGCGGACUGCUCGCAGUCUAGAUCAGAAACGAAGCACUUUAUAGGUCUGUCUUAAGCUGCUCCACUUCUAGACCCUAUCGUCUUUGAUGAAUGAAAUGUUUAAAUCCCCAGCUUCAAUCUGCAAAAACCGUUGGUUUAGAGUUCCCUGAUGCAGGAGCAUUCCUCAAAGACUUCUCUGAUGCUCUACCACAGGCCAAGCUAGUCGACGUCGCGGAUGCAGCGAUGCAUAUACGUCGUAUUAAAUCCCCGGAGGAAAUUGAAGUAAUCCGCCAGGGAUCUCGGAUAGCUGAACUUGGGGCAUACGCUGCGAUAAACACGAUUCAUGAGGGUGUGCCAGAGUAUGAGGUCACUCUUUCUGCAACCAACACCAUGGUACGCGAAAUAGCUAAGGCAUAUCCGCACGUUGAUAUCAGGGAUGGUGAGUUGUUUAUUAGUUUUACACUCAUUAUUUCUUAUUUCCCAAGUGAGGGGUUCCCCCACCCCUGUCACAGGCAAAAAGUGUAACAAUAGGGAGUUUAAGCACUAUCAACGACUACGACAACGACAAUGACAGCCAAAAAGCAAUAGGUUUCGAUUAGCAAAACUAAGCUUUGUACGUGCAUCACGCAUUUUUGUACAUUUCUAUUACCGCACUACCACGACGUGAAGAAAUGAAACUGCCUAAUUCGUUGAGGACGUGAACACAAGGAAACGAAUGUCUUAUACUUUUCUUUUUAACCUUAGAUACAGUCCUUUAGAUUCAAAUCCGGAAAAAUUCACCACCAUUUGACAAACUGAACGAAAUGUGAUAGGAGCGACAAAAUUUAAAACAGUGCAAAUUUACAUUUUAGCGACGUUUUCGCCUCUGUCGACGUCGUCGUUGCUUAAGCUCUCUGACGAUACAACGACGACGACGACGAUGAUGAUGAUGAUGAUGACGUUAUGGGAACGAUAUGCAUCACGUGACCAAGAUAUUUGACACUCCCAGAAAAUGUAAGGCCCAGCUAGACUCUAAGGGACGGACCAUUAGAAAAGUUAUGGAAGGGGGGGGGGGGGGGGGGGAAUUUUUGAGCCGCAGAAAUUUUUUUUUCGUUAUCAAAUUCCUUGUAUGAACUUUUUUAGGCCAUAGCAUGAAUAUUGUUUAGGGUUAAUUGGCGUGCUUGAAAUUUUUUUUUCAUUUAAUUUUCCCUUGUGCGAAUAUUUUUUUUGUACUUCGCCCGCCCCACCACAUAAAUUUUCUAAUGGUCCGUCCCUAACCAAGGGGCUUUCUUGAGAUUACAAAACAAGUAUUGAUGCUUUGACCUCCAAGUGAGUUAUUACUUGACAGUUAAAGUUAGGAGUGGCCUUGGGCUGGGGUUUGCGUUUCAAAAAGUCACGUGACAAGUAUUUCCAUCCACACCCCAACACUCUAGGGUCUGUAUGUGGAAUUGAGAAUAUUUCGAACUUAGUCUUUAAUUUCAAAAUUCGCCACCCCUUUACUUAGUGUUUUGCGCUUUGGCUUAACAUGGAGCUCUGCGGGGCUUGUAACAACUACUGUAGUUUCCCUAUCUAAUUAAGCCCCCGUCUUUUGCUUCGGUUGACACGAAACUUUCCAAUAUUACUCUUACUGUAAAUUAUCGUUAGUGUGUAGAGUUAGCCGUAAUUAUCAAAAUGUCAACCUACGGGCAAAAAUAAAUUUCAAUUGAUGGUAAAGAGGAAGGGGCUGGGAAGAGCAAGGAAAAAAACUGCCAGCCACUGGCCAAUAGUGCUUCGACUCGAUCUAAAUCGGGUAGACUCAAUACCUUACGUCGGAUUUAGGUGGUAAGCGGUUUGUUUUGGGCGUUUUAGCUGAUUUUACAGCAAGUAUGGCGUGUAUUAAGGUUCGUUUAAGUUGAAAACAGAGUGAGAUUUGAGGACGAGAUUGGUUGUUUUGAAGUUGUUUAUCCGGGACCUUGAAAGGUAAAUAGUCUUUCUGGCUAAAUAGUAUUGAGAGCCGUUUUUAUGAAUAAGGAACUAGACCUAUACCUUGACACGAAAUUUAUUGUCUGUUUGCGCUUUUUUUCUAGUUUGGAGUUGGUUUCAGUCGGGUGUAAACACAGAUGGGGCUCAUAACUAUCCAACAACUCGCCAAGUGCAAAAAGGAGAUAUUCUCAGUCUUAAUUGCUUUCCUAUGAUAGCAGGGUUAGUAUGAUUAUUUGUUAAACACCUCGCCAGAUGAGAAUGUUUAAAACUCGUUAUAUUUUGUUUAGUAAGAUCAGGGCUAGCCUGAAAAGACAGCCGAUAUUUCGCGAAGCCACCGGUGGUUUCCUAGCCUCCCCGCAGACGUCCUUUGGGGUUCGUUUGUCACGCAUUCAUUUCUCCCCGAGAGAAAUGAAUGCGUGACAAACGAACCCCAAAGGACGUCUGCGGGGAGGCUAGUGGUUUCCCGGCGUAGCGAAAUGUUGGCUGUUUUCUUUGGCUACACAAGAGCGCGGCUUGACCUAGGGAACACUGUGUAUCCGCUAAUGGAACUUUUCCUGUUUGAACACGUCGCAUGUUUUCUCGUUCUUGGCAAUCGUUGCACAUGCAUUUCCCUGCUUAAAACGCUACCAUGUUCUUGCGUGCUUAAUUACGUGUAACCGAGCGCUUGAAAUUGUUGCAAGUUUUCAUUCUUGGAUUCAUGCAAAUUUUCUGUUCGUCAAAUCAACGAAGAACACCUGCUUCUUGCGUUGACUGGUAUUUUUCCUUCGUUUCAAACAGAAACUACUCCGCUUUAGAGCGCACUCUAUUCUACCAUCACGUGCCUUCGGAUCGUCACAUGGAACUAUGGGAAGUCAACAAUAAGGUUCAUAAAAAGGGACUAGAGAUAGUCAAACCAGGCAUGCGCUGUAGGGAUGUUGCAAGAGAGCUAAACGAGAUCUACAUGGAACACGACAUUCUGCAGUACCGUGUCAUUGGUUAUGGUCAUUCCACGGGUGUUCUUACUCAUUACUACGGGAGGGACUGGGGUCUAGAGUUCCUGGAACACGUGGACACUGUUUUAGAACCAGGCAUGGUCAUCACCAUGGAACCCAUGAUAGUGGUUCCCGAAGGACAACCCGGAGCGGGCGGGUACAGGGAACAUGAUACGCUGAUAAUCACGGAAAAUGGAACUGAAAAUACAACUGCUUCGUUUCCUAUUGGUCCAGAGCAGAAUAUUGUCAAAGACUGA